AAAAGAAGUCUAUACGAGCGUCUGCGGCCGACCUGGAUCCCCAAGCCAAUGAUCCUCUCCACAGCGUGGAAGAGUUCGGCGUGUGUUGUACUAGCCUGCAUUUUAGUUCAAGCCUUAAUCUUUCGGUAACCAAGUCGACGUUGUGAAGCUGACCAAGAAGACGCCAUGUCUGCGGGUUCUAGAAAAGUAUACAGCCCCGUGUCCUCGUCCGAAAAUGACAAGGACUUAGAACUUCCUAACCCAGGGCAACCCAAAAGCGAGUGUUGUUCUUGCCUGAAAUCUGCCAGCAAAAAAACUCUAGUUUGCUUAUGUCUGUUCAUUAUAGCAUUGAUUGCUAUUGCUGUUGCUAUUGCUGUAGCACUUCUGUACAAACCAGACCAUGGUCUCCCUCCUGUUGUUCAGCUCGAUUGCUUCAAGGUACAGGGAGAGAGAUCUAAAGGUGUCUUCGUGUUCAAAGGGAUUCCUUACGCAGAGCCGCCAGUUGGAGGCCUUCGCUGGAAGCCCCCAGUUGCCAUCGACAAUAGCUCUUCUCGGUGCAACAACUCCACUUACCAUGCCACCAAGUUUGGCAGCAUGUGUUUUCAGCCUAAUCUAUUAAACUUUUCCAUUCACAAUGGCUCAGAAGACUGUCUCUACAUUAACGUGUGGACGCCAGAGUUGACAAGUGAAGAAAAAUUGCCGGUGAUGGUCUGGAUCCACGGCGGCUACCUAUUGGCAAUGGACGGAAAUACGGAGUCUUACUGUCCCAAUGAAGAGGUUACUAAGGAAACCAACAUGGUGUAUGUCAGUAUGAACUAUCGGUUGAACGCCUUCGGGUUUAUGGCCCUGAACAUGCUGUCUCGAGAACACGAGAGGAAAACGUCUGGGAACUACGGCUUUAGGGAUCAGAUACUGGCAUUAGAAUGGGUGAAGGCUAACAUAGCCCAGUUUGGAGGCGAUCCUAGCAAGGUCACUAUAUUUGGGCAGAGCUCUGGAGGAACCAGUGUUUAUGCCUUGUUGGCGUCUCCCAUGGCUAAGGGUUUGUUCCAGGCCGCCUGGAUCAUGAGUGGCUCUCCCAUCCUCAACAGUACGUUAGAACAAGCUGAAAAGGCCAAUGAGAAAUUCUUAAGGAAUACUGGUUGUUCAAAUACCACGUGCUUGCGAAAUCUCAAGCCGAGUCAGGUAUUGAAAGCUGUCCCGUGGCAUGAGUAUCCCUUCUGGGCAAUGGCUGAUUUGUUUGACUUGCCUGUGAAAAACAUUUUUGAUGGACCAUUGGCUAUAGUAGAUGGUAUAGUCAUCCCAAAAGUUCCCAUGGAGGCUUGGAAUAAGAAGGAACAGACCAUUAACUCUCCAGUGAUUAUAGGAGUUACCGCUCAAGAAGUGGACCUCUUCCCUGCUCGGACAGAUGUAAAGUCGUGGAAUUCCUCUCAGUACGAAGAUUACGUCAAGCUCAGAUUGGAUACCUUUGGACCGGACAUUUCUAAAGGAGCUUUGGAACUUUAUAAAUUCACCAAUGGCAGCAGUGCGGAAUAUCUACUCACUACUAUGACGUCAGACGCGCGCUUGAACUGUGCCAUGGAUCGCCUGGCACAUGCAAUGGUGGCAGGGUCCGGCGGGAAAGCUGUGUAUCUAUACGUUGCCACUGCUCGUCCUUCAGAUAUUGUUCCUUAUCUGGGUUUUCCUUUUAGCCCGGAAUACUCUUUUCACUGCAUAGACGCUUUUGCCUUUUUCGGUACGAUGAAAGAUUUUUACAAUCAGCCACUUAAAGACUCUGACUUGUCGUUCCAGUCAGUUAUGCGGAAGGAGAUUUUGAGUUUUGCCACAACAGGGAAAGUAAGCACCGAGGCAUGGAAGCUGUAUCCAAAAUCGACGGCUUUACUCGACACCAACGUCACUGUUGUUGAUCGCUAUGAGGAAGAGAGAUGUAACUUUUGGCGUAUUAAUGGCUUUUUCUCAUACGCCUGGCUGAAUUAGACACAAUGGUUUAAGCAAUGCACAGUACGAAUUGAAAACAAACACAUUCGGAAUAAUGCGUGUUGAUUUUUGCGGCAUUGUUUUUAGAGUUUGUCUUGGUUAAGGUAGCCGCACCUUCACUGUAGCAGACGAAUAAAAAAAAUAAGAGACGUUUCGCUUGUGGCCGUAUCAACAAUAUCCUUAACCAGAGACACAGUCGGCUUUACUCGUACCUCUUUUAUCAUCCCACCAGUCUGAUCUUCUUUCUUCAUAUUACACGAUUGUUUCACAUCGCUAUAGAUCUCGCUAUACUUCACUGCCACAACUAUAACACUUUUUACAUAAAUCUUGAACAACGCCAAGGUUAUUGGGUUGAUGGUAACGAGGCAGUAAGUAACGUCAGAAAACAAUAAAAGCUCCGUCUAAACCUUUGUUUCCGUUAAUACUUGUUGCAUGUCAAGUUUCUUUAUCUAAAGCAAUCACAACAUGAUUUAAACGGACACCUGAAACAAUUAUAUUGAUGAAUGAUGGCUAUAGGACCGAGCGAGGACAGUGAAAAGUGAGAAGUGAGGCUAACGAUAGACACACCUAUACGGGCUCAAGCUUUUCUAGUGGUGGUAAUGAUGGAAAGCGAGCGUAGUGAGUGGCAGAGCAUGCGCUGUAAAGAGUAUGGCAGUUGAUCUUGUAUGCUAUCAGUCGACGUGGUCGCGCACUUACGGGAGGAACUGAUGACGAGAUGUAGUAAGGUUGAGUCUCCUAUGACUGAAUCUUGAAGUCGUACUGGUAGCGAAGCGAGGCAAUGAAGUGACGAGGUAGCGACUUGCUUUUAGGUGUAGGGUUAUAGUGUACAAUAAAUAAGCAUUGUUGUUGGUGUUUUUAAUGCAGUGCAGACUGGUUACGUAUACAACCAAUCAGAAGAACGGAAAAUGAUAUCUGUUUUUCAACUGAUGCUGUUUAUCUUUCAACAUUUGUUUCUAAACUCUCUCAAUGGCAGCAGACUCAAACUGCAAUUUUCAGAAGAAGUGGUAGAGUAUCGCAUAGUGGACAAAUUUGGGCUCUUGAUAUUUAAAUCCUCUCAAAAAGUGUUACUUGGCAGGCCUAUAUGUAUAUUGCUGUGAAUCAUAUUUUCUUGUUUAUUACAUAUUCUUUGUUUGUAGUCGCGC